CUCAUUGUAAGAAAGCCAUGUUUUCAAUUCCUCUUUGGUUGCCCAUAUUUCUAGGCAACUUCAGUCAGCUAAAAAGAUAUAGACCAUUUAAAAGACCCAGAUCACCCCCCUUCUUUUUCUCAAACAAAAAACAAUGGAACCUCUUUUGGCUUCCUUUCUGCUAUCUUUCCUUCUUUUCUUUGACCUUUCUUCUGCUGCUGCUUCUCCCUCCCAUAUCUCCAAGAAAUUUGAAACUUGGUGUCAACAACAUGGAAAAAGUUACUUAUCCGAGGAAGAAAAAUCUUACAGGCUUAAAGUCUUUGAAGACAACUAUGCCUUUGUUACUCAACACAAUGCUAUGGUCAAUUCUUCUUAUUCUUUGGCUCUCAAUGCCUUUGCCGAUUUCACUCACCACGAGUUUAAGGCCUCCCGCUUGGGUCUCUCCGGUGCUGCCAUUCAGUUUAGGCGCCCCAACCUUCGAGAGCCGCGCCUUGUUCGGGACAUCCCGGAUUCAUUGGAUUGGAGGGAGAAAGGCGCCGUGACUCAGGUCAAAGAUCAAGGGAGUUGUGGUGCUUGUUGGUCAUUCUCGGCAACCGGAGCUAUAGAAGGUGUAAAUAAAAUUGUCACUGGAUCUCUUAUCAGCCUCUCUGAACAAGAAUUGGUUGAUUGUGACAAAACUUACAAUACUGGCUGUGAGGGUGGGUUGAUGGAUUAUGCAUUUCAGUUUGUCAUCAAUAACCACGGAAUAGACACUGAAGAAGACUAUCCUUAUCAAGGUCGGGAACAUACUUGCAACAAAGAAAAACUGAAACGACAUGUGGUAACAAUUGAUGAUUACACUGAUGUGCCUAUGAAUAAUGAGAAGAAACUGUUGCAAGCGGUGGCAACUCAACCUGUGAGUGUAGGUAUAUGUGGGAGCGAGAGAGCAUUUCAAUUGUACUCCAAGGGGAUAUUCACUGGUCCAUGCUCAACUUCCUUGGAUCAUGCGGUGCUGAUAGUAGGUUAUGGUUCAGAAAAUGGAGUGGAUUAUUGGAUUGUGAAGAACUCAUGGGGUAGGAGGUGGGGAAUGAAUGGCUAUAUUCAUAUGAUACGUAACAGUGGCAAAUCUGAAGGGAUUUGUGGCAUUAACAUGUUGGCUUCCUAUCCGAUAAAGACUAGCCCAAAUCCACCUCCUUCACCUCCUCCGGGGCCAACUAAGUGUGAUUUCUUCACUUACUGUUCGGCUGGGGAAACCUGUUGUUGUACGCAUCGCAUAUUCGGAAUAUGCUUUUCGUGGAAGUGUUGCGGGUUGGAUUCAGCCGUGUGUUGCAAAGACAAUCGUCAUUGCUGCCCUCAUAAUUAUCCAAUCUGUGAUACAAAGAACAACCAAUGUCUCAAGCGUGUUGGAAAUGCCACAAUAAUGGAAUCAUCUGAUACGAAUCUCGCUUUUAGGAAGAUCAGCAGUUGGUGAUCCUUUGUUGACAAUUGGAUUCUAUAGAAUAUAUUCGGAGUUGUAUUAGUAACACAUUUUUCAUUGGAUUUUCCUUUUCAUAACGCUGGAAAUUUCUAAGUAGAAUAUCUACUUUUAAAAUCUAUGGAUGUAAAGGCGCAAUUUUACGUGAAAAAGAA